AUGGCCUCAGCAGUAUCUUGUGGUCCAUGUUUGUACGAUGACAUCGCCGGGGUGGCAAAUCGAUGGUGCACUUAUUGUGAAGAGGGAUUAUGUGAAGAUUGCGAAAACGUUCACAGGAAAAGCAAAAUAUCAAGGAACCAUAAGGUUAUAUUAAUAGAAGAUUAUCGCAAGAUUGAACAUGUUUCAAUCUCCCAGGUCUGUAAGAAUCAUGGAGAAAACCUUGAGUGGUUCUGUACAACUCACGACAAAGCCCUUUGCAUGGUUUGUGUCACGUCAAAUCACAAGUCAUGUUCUGGUGUUGUACCAAUUAGCGUUGCCUCAACAAAUGCAACACAAUCGACUGCUUUAGCUGACCUUGAAGAAUCGAUCGAGGGAACGCUGCUCAACGUGAAACAAUGUAUAAUAAAUCGUCAAUCCGCUUCAAAAGAAAUUGAAAAACGAGAAUUGGUGGUUAAAACCCUAAUUCAUGAAACUCGGACAAAAAUUAAUGGUCACCUAGACAAGUUAGAGACAAAAUUAUUAUUUGAACUAAAGUCAGCCUCUCAGACUUGUAAAUCGAAAUGUGCAAAAUUCAUGCAAAAUUUAGAAUCAACAGAGGACAAGCUCACCAAACUGAGGGAACAAACAAUACAUAUGAAACAAUUUUCUUCUGAUAUACAAGUGUUUCUUGGGACACGCCAAAUUAAUAAUUGUGUCGUAAGCGAGACGGAAUCAAUUAAGAGUACCAUUAGUAAUACCAAGGAUAAUGAAUUGAAAAUAGUUUUUCACAACCUCAUUGCGAAGUUAUUAGAAGAAGUCAAAGAAUUUGGUCAGAUUAAAGUCUCAGCCUGUGCGACCAGUCUGCAUUUCAGAGACAUAAAAACCGAUCAAGCUCAAAUAGGGAUCACUAUUCCACCAUCAAGAAACAUGUCUGAAAUUAAGCUUCAGGUAAUGACAUCUUUUGAUAUAUUCAAAUAUAGAAAGCAUACAAUGAAUAUUUCAAGUUGUGUUUCAUUGCUGGGUGGUCAUUUCUUGAUGGCGAAUGGAAAGGGAAAGCAUUUAAUACUGUACAAUGAUAAAGGCAAACAUGUGCGAGCAAUUGCGGUCUCUUCCCGACCUUAUGACAUUACAGUAAUUAAACCUAAUCGUAUUGCUGUGUCAUAUGGUGACGCAAAGUACUUAGAAAUAAUGAAUAUCAAUACCUUUACGGUUGAAAAGAAAAUUGAACUACAAGAUGAUUGCUUUGGAGUAUCUGAAGAGGGUGGAAGACUUUACGUUGUAGGGUACUCUUCAAUACAAGUCCUGGAUCUAUCGGGAAGGCACAUGGAAACACUGAAAAUGGAAUUGAAUGAUGUGUAUUACAUUACAACUAGCAAAGACAGGCUAUUCUACACAGACACGAGCAAAAACAAAGUACAUUGUUGUCGUUUGAACGGAGAAGAGUUAUGGCAGUUUGAAAGUGAAUCCAUUCGUUUGCCUGUAGGUAUUACCGUAGACAAUAAGCAAAACGUGUAUGUUGUUGGUCAUAGUUCCCGUAAUCUUACCGUCAUACAACAUGAUGGAAAGGACAGCACGACUUUAUUGACUUUACAAGAUGGACUACAUAAACCGAAUGAUGUGUAUUUUGACAUAGAAAAAAGAACAUUACUUCUGUGCAACGAAAGGGGAAAGGUUACGCUGUACAAAGUUGUUUAA